GGGAGAGCAGAUAUAGUGAAUGCAGGUUCUGGGGAGAGCAGAUAUAGUGAAUGCUGGUUCUGGGGAGAGCAGAUAUAGUGAAUGCAGGUUCUGAGGAGAGCAGGUAUAGUGAACGCAGGGUCUGGGGAGAGAAUAUAUAUUGAAUGCAGGGUCCAGGGAGAGCGGAUAUAGUGAACGCAGGGUGUGUGGGGAAUGUGGAUAUAGUGAAUGCAGGGUCCAGGGAGAGCGGAUUUAGUGAAUGCAGGGUCCGGAGGAGAGCAGAUAUAGUGAAUGUUCUAGGGUCACUGGUUCAAAUUCCAACCACUGGGUCCGGGAAGAGCGAAUAUAGUGAAUGCGGGGUCCCGGGAGAGCGGAUUUAGUGAACGCAGGGUCCGGGGAGAGUGGAUUUAGUGAACGCAGGGUCCAGGGAGAGCGGAUAUGGUGAAUGCAGGGUCCAGGGAGAGUGGCUAUAUUGAAUGCAGGGUCCAGG